CCCACAGCAUGACGUCAUCUACAGAGAAGUAGAAAAAAAAAAUAUGUGACGUAGUGGCCAAGAUGGCGGCUCCCCUUUCCACGAUGAAAUUUUGGAAGCCGGGAGCUGAGGCACCAGGGAUCUCAGAGGAGAGGGAGCUCAACACAGAGACCACCGGGUCCCCCAUCAUCUUCAACCCGCACACCGCCCUCUCUAUAGAGAAACAACGACAGAAACUCCCCGUUUUCAAGCACAGAAACAACAUCUUAUACUUAGUGGAGAGCUUCCAGACGGUCAUCAUAGUCGGUGAGACUGGAUGUGGGAAGACAACACAGAUACCUCAGUACCUGCUGGAAGCUGGCUGGGCAGCGGAGGGGAAGGUGAUCGGAGUGACACAGCCUCGACGUGUGGCUGCUAUCUCUGUAGCUAAUCGUGUAGCAGAGGAGCGGGGGGCCCUGCUGGGACAUGAAGUUGGUUAUACUAUCCGGUUUGAUGACUGCUCUGAUCCCCACGCCACGAGGAUCAAAUUCCUUACAGAUGGCAUGCUGGUGCGGGAGAUGAUGGCUGAUCCUCUUUUGAAAAAAUACAGUGUGCUGAUGCUAGAUGAAGCCCACGAGAGAACCCUGUAUACAGACAUAGCCAUCGGUCUACUAAAGAAGAUUCAGAAAAAGCGGCAAGACUUGAGGCUGAUUGUGGCCUCUGCCACUCUGGAUGCCAAGAAAUUCCACGACUUCUUCAACCUGAACGAGUCCGGAGAUCCCAACAAGGACACAUGUGGGAUUCUGACAGUGGAGGGACGCACCUUUCCAGUGGACGUCUUCUACACUGUCAGUCCUGUCCCAGACUACGUGAAGGCCACAGUGGAAACAGUGCUGAAGAUCCAUGAGACAGAGGAUGAUGGAGAUGUCCUGGCUUUUCUUACUGGGCAGGAAGAGGUGGAGAAGGUGGUGUCCCUUCUGCAGGACCAGGCCAGGACUCUGUCACGAUAUGGCAUGAAGAAACACCUGAAAAUUUUGCCCAUGUACUCUGGUCUACCUUACGCUGAGCAGAUGAAGGUCUUUGAGAGGGCACCCUCCACUGUUCGCAAGGUCGUGGUGGCCACUAACAUAGCUGAGACCUCCAUCACUAUAAAUGGAGUUGUAUUUGUCAUCGACUGUGCGUUUGUGAAGUUGCGAGCCUAUAAUCCUCGCACUGCCAUUGAAUCGCUGGUGGUCACCCCCAUCUCCAAGGCUUCAGCCAGCCAGAGAGCUGGGAGAGCCGGACGAAACCGACCUGGGAAAUGCUUUAGACUAUACACGGAGGAGGACUUUGAGAAACUGCCUGCCUCUACUGUGCCAGAGAUGCAGCGCACCAAUUUGGCUCCUGUCAUCCUGCAGCUCAAAGCAUUAGGCAUUGACAACGUGCUGCGGUUCAGCUUCCUUUCUCCUCCUCCAGCUCAAACCAUGGUUCAGGCUUUAGAGCUGCUCUACGCUCUGGGAGGUCUGGACCAUUACGGCCGUUUGACAGAUCCCAUGGGUGUGCGGAUGGCAGAGUUUCCUCUCAGUCCCAUGUUUGCCAAGAUGCUCCUGGAGUCUGGAAACUUUGGCUGCUCCAAAGAGAUUGUUACCAUUGCAGCAAUGAUGCAGAUUCAGAAUAUAUUUGUCGUGCCACCCAAUCAGAAGAAAGCUGCCGCUCGAGAGCACAGGAAGUUUGCGGUGGCUGAGGGAGACCACCUCACCAUGCUGAAUGUGUAUGAAGCAUUCAUUAAGCACCAGAAGAGCUCCCAGUGGUGUCAGGAACACUUCCUCAAUUAUAAGGGUCUGCUGCGGGCUGUGACUGUACGAGAGCAGCUCCGGCGUCUCAUGAAUAAGUUUAAGGUACCACGGACUUCCAGUGAAGGUGACCCUGAUGUGAUCUUGAAGUGCAUUGUGUUUGGUUUUUUCGCUAAUGCAGCUCGCAUUCACCAUUCUGGUUCCUACCGGACUUUACGAGACGAUCGUGAGCUUCACAUCCACCCCAACUCAGUGCUGUUUGGAGAGAAACCUCCAAAAUGGGUUGUUUUCAAUGAGGUGGUGCAGACGGCAAAAUACUACAUGCGUGAUGUGACUGCUGUUGAGUCUUCCUGGUUGGUUGAGUUGGCCCCUCAUUUUUACAAGCAGGCCAAGCAUGGUUCACUGGCCAGCAAGAGGUCCCGGGUCCUCUAAAUCUUGGCACCAUGUCACCACAUUAGUACAGACAGACUCACUGCAGUAAAAGGAGAACCCCCCCUCUCAAAUUGCCACUGUGCCCCUCUCCAUUUCAUUGUAUAUAAAGAUGUAAUAUAUAUUUGUUGUCCAUGUCCACCUGCACAAACCCUACCACACUGCGUGGCCAUGUUAGAAUGGAUCCAUUUUUAGUGGUGUCUUACUUUUUGGCAGGGAUGUAGUUUAUAUUUGAUCUGUGAGAGUAAAUGGUGAUGAAUGUAAGAUGAGGUCAUGUAGUUCACUUCAUUCAUACUUGUACAUAGUCAGAGCAGGCUCAGGUCCAGGGAGCGGCUCGACCACACCUGGUUCCUGGCUUCAUUAUUUUUUUAAUUGCUGUAUUUUCCUGUUGCAUGAUAAAUAAUGAAAGAUGAUGGAAUGUGAGGAUGUUUCCCUUUGAGAGAUUUAUGGCUUAGUUUUCUUCUUUUGGUUAAUUUUCUUCCCUCAUAGCCUGGGUGCCUUUUUAAUUUGUUUACUUUUACCUCCAAUUAAUUUUUGAUUUCUUACCUUCAUACUGAAUGUAGUGGUAUAUAUGUAUAUGUGUGUAUAUAUAUAUAUGCAUAUAUAUGUAUAUUUUCAGGUAUUUUACUGCAGAUGGAAACACAUUUCUUGUUCAGUCAACCUCAGAUCCUACGUCCUAUAACGAUACUGUGAAAAGUUCUUUACUUUUUAAUCCACUCUGCUUUGCCACUUAAAUACAGUCUAGCUCAGACAUAGUGGCCUUGUCACCACUCUGUGCCAAUUUUCUUUCUCAGCCUAUUUCACAUUUCAUUUUUUUCAAAUGAAAUGUGUAAAUGCACCCAAGCAUUGUAAAUGAAAAGCUGUGAAAUCAAAACUAAAAAGUGCCAUUUGUUCUUGUGAUGACAUACAGUGCAUUCAGACAUGCAUCCAAAGCCUCAAAGAAACCGUAGCAUUUAUGUGAUUUCAGCCAUCUCUUUGGAAUCUUCGUAAUGGCUUUUCCCUCUUACAGUUCGUCUCAGUUUUGAGCAAGACCUUAUUGCACUUUUUGUUUCCUGUUACCAUCAACAUCAACUACCAGGAGUUCAGAAAAAUGGCCAGUUUUUUGUGAUUUCUGCAAUCCAUUCCAUGUCGACUGCAUGUAUUCUACAUUUCUGCUUUUGUUUUUAUACCCACUUUAUGGUUUUUGUCCCUGAAAGCGUCAGCGAGGCAGUAUAUUAAAGGUUUGUCAUUUUGCCACUAAAUCACUACAUUUGACUUCUGCCUGCAUGUUUUUUUCGUAGGUCUUGUUCUUGA